AUGCCGACAGGAUCAGUGAAACUACAGAGCAUCAAAAAACUGGGACAGGAAAACUACAGCUAUGAGGUUUCUGAUGAAGAACCAGCCGGGUCCUACAUGACCAUGGCCAAUUCCAAGGAGAAUGAUAAAGCUCAGGCAAACAAGGCUCAACCAGCCAUCAGAGUCGGCUUCUUUCAGCUGUUCCGCUUCGCCACAUGCAGAGACCGGCUGAUGAUGGUGGUGGGCGGCGUAUGCGCGCUGCUGCACGGCUCGGCCCAGCCGCUCAUGCUGCUGGUGUUCGGCCUGCUCACCGACACCUUCAUCGAGUACGACAUCGAGCUCAACGAGCUGAGCGACGACCGCAAGGAGUGCGUCAACAACACCAUCCAGUGGAAGAGGAACUACACUGCGUCGUACGACCUGGCAGACCCGUCCAACCUGACGGGCUGGGGCCUCAUCAACAAUUCAACGUUCGAGAUGCUGGUACCGCUGAAGCACAGGCAGUGUGGGCUCCUCAACAUUGAAUAUGAAAUGACCCUGUUUGCCUUCUACUACACUGGAAUCGGAGCGGCUGUGUUCCUGCUGGGAUACUUUCAGAUCUCCCUGUGGGUGACAUCCGCCGCCAGGCAGGUUCAGCUCAUCAGGAAAAUGUACUUCAGCAAAGUGAUGAGGAUGGAGAUCGGCUGGUUCGACUGCACCUCCGUAGGGGAGCUCAACACCCGGCUGUCAGACGACAUCAACAAGAUCAACGACGCCAUCGCGGACCAGGUAGCCAUAUUUGUGCAGCGUUUCACCACCUUCGUGUGCGGCUUCUGCGUCGGCUUCGUGAAAGGAUGGAAGUUAACGCUGGUCAUCAUCGCAGCGAGUCCUCUGAUUGGCGUUGGAGCUGGUCUCAUGGCUUUGUUCGUGGCUAAGCUAACGGGGAUGGAGCUGCAGGCCUACGCCAAAGCUGGAGCUGUGGCUGACGAGGUCCUCACCUCCAUCAGGACUGUGGCUGCUUUCGGUGGAGAGAAAAAAGAAGUUCAAAGGUACGACAGGAACCUGGUCUCGGCCCAGCGCUGGGGCAUCAGGAAGGGUCUGAUCAUGGGCUUUUUCACUGGAUACAUCUGGAUGAUCAUCUUCCUGUGCUACGGUCUGGCCUUCUGGUACGGCUCCACCCUGGUGGUGGACAGUGAGGAGUACACGCCAGGAACUCUGCUGCAGGUGUUCUUUGGAGUUCUGAUCGCAGCCAUGAACUUGGGGCAGGCCUCCCCCUGUCUGGAGGCCUUUGCGGCCGGCCGUGGAGCUGCCACCAUCAUCUUUGAGACGAUCGACAGGGAGCCGGAGAUCGACUGUUUUUCUGAGGCCGGCUAUAAGCUGGACAAGGUCAAAGGAGACAUCGAGUUUCACAACGUGACCUUCCACUACCCGUCCAGACCUGAAGUGAAGAUCCUGGACCAGCUCAGCGUUGCGGUGAAGUCAGGGGAGACCACGGCCUUCGUGGGACCGAGCGGAGCCGGGAAAAGCACCGCCAUCCAACUCAUCCAGCGCUUCUACGACCCUAAAGAAGGCAUGGUGACUCUGGAUGGUCAUGACAUCAGAGGGCUCAACAUCCAAUGGCUGCGCUCCCUGAUCGGCAUCGUGGAGCAGGAGCCCGUGCUGUUUGCGACCACCAUCGCCGAGAACAUCCGCUACGGUCGACCCGGGGUCACCAUGGAGGACAUCAUCACCGCCACCAAGGAGGCCAACGCCUACAACUUCAUCAUGGACCUGCCGCAGAAAUUCGACACCCUGGUGGGGGAGGGCGGCGGCCAGAUGAGCGGCGGCCAGAAGCAGAGGAUCGCCAUCGCUCGAGCGCUGGUCAGGAACCCUCGCAUCCUGCUGCUGGACAUGGCCACCUCCGCUCUCGACAAUGAGAGCGAGGCCAUAGUUCAAGAAGCUCUGGAUAAAGUACGUCUGGGCCGCACCACCAUCUCCAUCGCCCAUCGGCUGUCCACCAUAAAGAACGCCGACGUGAUCGUCGGCUUCGAACACGGCCGGGCCGUAGAAAGAGGCAAACACAACGAACUGCUGGAGAGGAAGGGCGUCUACUUCACUCUGGUCACUCUGCAGAGCCAAGGAGACAAAGCUCUGAACGAGAAGGCCCGGCAAAUGGCUGACAGUCAUGAAGAGCCAGAGAAGCUCAACCUGUCCAGGGCAGGCAGCUACCGGGCCAGUUUAAGAGCCUCUAUCCGCCAGCGGUCCCGGUCCCAGCUGUCCAACCUGGUCCCGGAGUCGUCCGUGGGCAUUGCUGGAGAGCUCGGCCCCAGAGCCUACGCUGUGUCACAGGCAGAUAAAUCCAAGAAUGCGAUCCCUGACGAUGAGGAUGAAGAACCUGUGGAGCCGGCUCCAGUCGCCCGCAUCCUGAAGUACAACACACCCGAGUGGCCCUACAUGCUGUUCGGAUCUAUUGGAGCGGCAAUAAACGGAGGCGUCAACCCCGUCUACUCUCUGCUAUUCAGUCAGAUCCUGGCGACUUUCUCCAUCACAGACCCCGAGGCUCAGAGGAGGGAGAUCAACGGCAUCUGCGUGUUCUUCGUCCUGGUCGGCGUCGUCUCCUUCUUCACCCAGAUGCUGCAGGGUUACGCCUUCUCUAAGUCCGGAGAGCUGCUGACCCGCCGGUUACGGCGACUGGGCUUCCACGCCAUGCUGGGCCAAGAGAUCGGCUGGUUUGAUGAUCACAGGAACAGCCCCGGAGCUCUCACCACACGUCUGGCCACUGACGCCUCCCAAGUGCAAGGGGCCACGGGCUCACAGAUCGGCAUGAUCGUCAACUCUCUGACCAACAUCGGCGUGGCAGUCAUCAUGUCCUUCUACUUCAGCUGGAAGCUCACGAUGCUCAUCCUGUGUUUCCUGCCCUUCAUCGCCCUGUCGGGCGGCUUCCAGGCCAGCAUGCUCACAGGGUUCGCCAAGCAGGACAAGCAGGCCAUGGAAACUGCUGGACGGAUUUCCGGCGAGGCCCUGAACAACAUCCGCACCAUCGCCGGCCUGGGCAAGGAGAGGAACUUUGUGCAGAUGUACGAAGCCCAGCUGGACGCUCCUUAUCACGCCGCCCUGAAGAAGGCCAACGUGUACGGGGCGUGCUACGGCUUUGCCCAGUGCGUCGUCUUCCUGACCAACUCCGCCUCCUACAGGUUUGGAGGCUACUUGGUGCGACAAGAGGGGCUCCACUUCAGCCUGGUGUUCAGGGUCAUCUCGGCCAUCGUCACCAGUGGCACGGCGCUGGGCAGAGCCUCCUCUUACACGCCGGACUACGCCAAGGCCAAGAUAUCAGCGGCACGCUUCUUCCAGCUGCUGGACCGAGUGCCUCAGAUCAGCAUCUACAGCGACAAGGGAGACAAAUGGGAUAACUUCCAAGGCAACAUAGAGUUCAUUGACUGUAACUUCACCUACCCCACCAGGCCGGACAUCCAGGUCCUGAACGGGCUGAAUGUGUCGGUGAAGCCCGGCCAGACGCUGGCCUUUGUGGGCAGCAGCGGCUGUGGGAAGAGCACCAGCGUGCAGCUGCUGGAGAGGUUUUAUGAUCCUGACCAGGGCAAAGUGCUGAUUGAUGGCCGUGAGUCGACUCGUGUCAACGUGUCCUUCCUGCGCUCCAAGAUCGGCAUCGUGUCCCAGGAGCCCAUCUUGUUCGACUGCAGCAUCGCGGAGAACAUCAAGUACGGCGACAACUCGCGGGACAUCGGCAUGAAUGAGGUCAUCUCCGCCGCCAAGAAGGCCCAGCUCCACGACUUCGUCAUGGCUCUCCCCGAGAAAUACGACACCAACGUGGGCGCUCAGGGUUCUCAGCUGUCUCGCGGCCAGAAGCAGCGCAUCGCCAUCGCCAGGGCGAUCAUACGCGACCCCAAGAUCCUGCUCCUCGACGAGGCCACCUCCGCCCUGGACACGGAGAGCGAGAAGACCGUGCAAGAAGCCUUAGACAAAGCCAGGGAGGGCCGGACCUGCAUCGUCAUCGCCCACCGCCUCUCCACCAUACAGAACUCGGACAUCAUCGCCGUCAUGUCCCGGGGCUUCGUGAUCGAGAAGGGAACGCACGACCAGCUCAUGGCCCUGAAGGAGGCCUACUACAAGCUGGUGACCACGGGGGCGCCCAUCAGCUAA